AUGGCCGCCGUUCCCGCGCUGAGCAAGCAGCUGAACGGCUUCGCGGAAAUUUCCGACUACGCCGAUUACUCCGACUUGAGAAGCGGCCCUCGCGGCGCGCUCUCUCAUGGCUCCGAUUAUAACGCGCGCUCCGUCGCGGCGAAGCAGGCUAAUCCAGCUGCAGGGAAGCAGGACGAGUCAGCAGCCGCGAAAGCCGCAGGCAACGGCAUGUCAGGGCCCGUCAAUAGGGCGGUACCGGGGACGGCGGUAUCCGGAGGGGGUAACAGCCAAAUUAGCCAGGGUAACCAGCCCAAGUUAAAGCUUUCGCAGCUAUACGCGCAGAUGGUGGAGCAGCAGCAGAGCCUCAUCGAGCAACACGGGCUCGCUGUCGCCGGCGCAAAUGGCACCCACCCCGCCGCUUCCGCCGCCGCCGCCGCCGCCGCCGCGGGCGGAGCCGGCUCGAAGGGUACUCGAGCCCGCGAUCAGGGGGAUUCGGGCGCGUCGCUGGAGCAGCAGCAGCAGCUUUCGCGGAAGAGCGCGCAGCUCUCCUCGCCGCCGACGGCAUCAGCGCAGGUGCGCAGCCCGCAACAGGCGGGAGCGGCGGAUACGGGGAAGCAGGAUGGCGGAGCGUCUGCGCGGCGGCCUCCCCCAUUGCAGCUUCAGAACGGCAACGCGUCAGAGCAUGACACGUCAGCGGCAUCGCGGUCACAAUCGCAGUCGCAAUCGCUGUCGCAAUCGCAGUCGCAGUCGCAAUCGCUCUCGCAAUCGCAGUCACAUUCGCACGGCGUUAGCCGGGAAGAGCGUGCGACAAAAAUGUACGCGCAUCCGCAGUCGCAGUCGCUGGACGAGCGGAAACUUUCCGCCCAAUCCGCCCAGUCUGCGCAUUCCGCCCAUUCAGCGCACGGCCCUUCCGCGGAUCCCAUGCGCGCGGAGCUGCUCCGCGAGGCCGCGCAGGCGCACCACGAGGCCGCGCGCCUGCGCGAGGACAUUGCGCGCUUGUGGCAAGAAGUUGCGCGCGCUCGGGAAGAGUGCGCGCGAAUGGGCGAACGCGCCGCGGCCUCCCUCGAAACCGCCGCCGCUGCGCUCGAAAAAGCCGCCGCAGGCGGAGGGGGGGGCGCGGGCGCGGCAGCGAGAGCCACGUCAUCAUCCUCCUCCUUGCCAGUCCCCCGCCACGUGCGCACGGAAGGCGGAAGCGGACUCCUCUCCCCGUCCGGACUGAUCUCCCCCUCUGCGCGCUCCCCCAGCCCCGGCAGUGGCGGCGGCGGCGGCGGCGGCCUGCACCCGUCCGUCCGCCGACAGCUGUCCAAUUCGUGGAGUGACUAUGGCGGGGGGGACGGCAGCGCGAGUCCGGGGAGUGCGGGGCAGGUGAAGGCGUUUCAGCGCCUACAGGCAGCAAAAUCUCUGGGUCUCCUCCCGCUCGCCCCAGGGGAGAGCGUGUCUAGCGCGGGUCCGGAGGAUCACGGCGGAAUCGGAAGCCCCCCCGGAUUGGCGGACAGCCCGCCUGGGUUGGCGGACAGCCCCGACGCGGGCGGCGGCGGAAGCGGUAGAUUCAACAGCCGCGCGCUGGCGGAGAGCGUGGAGCGCGCGUCCGCGUGGUCCGCGGGGCUGGAGGCGAUCGGCGGAUCUGCGCCUGCUUCGGCGGCGGCGGGGAAGGCUGGCGGAGUAGGCGCGUCCGCCGCGGGGUCGGGAAGCGCGGGAGGGAGCCGCGGAGGGGGGAGAAGCGCGCGCGAGGCGGGUGGUGGCGGGGGAGACAACUACUCGCCCUCCAGCCCGGACUCGGUGACGUCAUCGCGGAGAAGCGCGCGCGGAAGCACCGUGAGCGGAAGCAGCAACUGCUUCCCCCCGCUCCCCGGACUGGUGCAGCUCCAAGCCAUGGUCCCCGCGGGCCGCAAUUCCGUUCCGCCCAGCCCCGCCGCCAGCUCGUCCAACUCGCACGCGCCUUCCGCGGGUGGCGCGGGGGGUUUCGGCGUAGGCGGCGGAAGCGCGGGUGGGGGAAGAGCAAGCGGCGGAGGAGGCGAAGCGGCGGGACGCGGAGGCAUGGCGCGGAUAGAAUCUCUGCAUUUACCGCCAUCCUCCUCUCCCGCGCUCUCCGCCGCCUCUUCCGCCAUGCAGCGCUAUAGCUCCAUGGACGUGGGGGUCCUCCUUUCCGCCGCGUCUCUCCCCCCCGAUUCCUCCCUCUCCGCGGGGGUUCCGCACUCCACUCCGCGCCUGCUAGGCCUGGCGGAUACCGAGCCGGAGCUCACCGCGCGCCUGCGCACUAGCAGCAGCAGCGCCGCAGGGGGCGCUGGAGCGUUUUCCGCGUCCCCCGCGCAGGCGGGGCGGUCGAGCUCGUUCGGCGGAAAAGGGGCGGGCGGAAUGGGCGCAGGGGCGGGGGGAAGCGGUAGGCAAGCUCUUGGUCCGGGAGCCGGCAGGUCGGGGACAGGGUUGAGCCGAGCCUUGUCUGUAGCCUCGGGACAGUCGCUGCCAGGUAUGGUAACGGGGCAAGGGGGACGGGCGGGGGCGGGGGCGGGGGCUGGGUCAGCGGGGGAGGAGAUGGGCGGAGAGGCGCGGGGGGAGGGGCGGGGGAAGAUGUGGCGGCAAGGGUCGUGCACUGACUCGCUGCUACAGCCGUCCAUGUCAUUUGAAGACGAGGGGGGGAAACCGGGGCGGAGGGGGGCGGCGGCGGGUCUGGGGAACCUUCAGGUGCCGAAACGGCAGGGGGCGGAGGCGUGGGGCAGGGGCGGGGGAGCAGGCGCGGGAGCGGGCGGCGGAGGGUCGAGGGGGGGUAGUGGGGGAGUUUCGGUGGCCCUGUCGCCGUCGUUUGACGGUAUAGUGCAUCACGAGCAGGAGAUGCUGUCUGCAGGGCUUAAACACGCCGCUGCCACUGCUGCUGGUGGCGGUGGUGGUAGUGGUGCUGCUGGUAGUGGUGGUGGUGGUUCUUCUGGUGUUGCUCGUCCCUUGGAGCGCACUGACGAUGAGGAUUCCUCCUCACAGUCUGCUUCUUCCUCAGUCUCUUCAUCACCGCGCAUAGAUGCAGGGGCAGCAAAGCGAGCCGCUGCUGCUGCUGCCGCAUCUGCAGCCGUUGCCGCUGCCGCUGCCGCUGCCGCUGCCGCUGCUGGCAAGCUGUUAACCCAGCCGCAACAUCCGGAUGACGAGUCUGAUUCUGAUUACGAUUCGGAUUCUGACGAAUUGGCUUCCGGCGCCAGCUCUCCCCGGUCCACAGGCUCGGGUUCUGGAUCGGCCCGUACCUCUUCAACAGGGGGGGUAGGGGCCUCUCCUUCCUCCUCUGCAUCCGCCCCAUUUCCCCAUCAUUCGCCAGGGGGGCCGGGGGGGCGCAGCGGGGGGAGGGGACGCGGGCCAGGCGGGGGGAUUCCGGGAGGGGGAAGGGGACGGGCGAUGGCGUUGCUAGCAGCAGGAGGGGGAGGAGGAGUGCGGGGAGGGGGUGAGGGUGCCGGAGGGGCAGGAGGGAGAGGAGGAGGGGUGUUUUCUGCUGCAGGUUCUGGGAGUUUCGCGUUUCACGAUGGCUCGGAGGAAGGAGGAGGAGCAGGAGGAGGAGGGGGAGGGGAGAGUGCUACGACAAAAGAUUCAAAAGCUGCUGCUGUAGCAGCAGCAGCGGCGGCGGCGGCGGCAGCAGCAGCAGCAGCAGGAGCAGGAGCAGCAGUAGCAGCAAAACGGGCAGUGGUGAAGAGUUUCAGUGCGGCAGGGAGUGGGAGCUUCGCGUUCCAUGCUGCAGGGGACGAUGCAGGGAACGCUGGUGGUGGUGGUGGUGGUGCUGGCGCUGCUGCUUCCCCUGCUGACAGCAGCCCCACUCUCAAACGCCCAGCGUCAGCGGGAGACUCUGCUGCCGCUGCUGCUGCUACCGCUGGUUCUGCUGCGGCUGCUGCUCCUGCUCCUGCGUCUGCUGGUAGUAGAUUCGCCGGGGGUGGUCCUGGCGGGGUGGGUAUGAGAGGGCUGCGUAGGGCAGUAUCAGGGGUGCCAGACGAUCGCGCUGCUGCAGCUGCUGCCUUACGCAUGGGCUCUGCUGCUGCUGCUGGUGCUGCUGGUGCUGCUGGUGCUGCUGGUAGCACUGCUGGUGGUGCUGCCGGUGGUGCUGGUGCUGCUGCUGGUUCUGUGGCUGGAGCUGGUAUGCGUGGGCUGCGUAGGGCCGUGUCAGGGGUGCCAGACGGCCACACCCUAUCCUCCUCUGCUGCACGAACAGCAGCAGGAGGAGGGGGAGCAGGAGCACUGCGUAUGGGUGCUGGGGGGGCAGGGGGAGGCGGACGCGGGGGCGGAGGGGGAGGGGGAAGCGGAGGUGGAGGGGGGGCGCCAGGGCCGGCAGGGGGGCGGGGGUUACAGCGGGCAGUGUCAGGUGUGCCGGGUGAAAGAGCAAGAAGCGGUGCAGGGGCAGCAGCGGGUUGGGGAGGCGCAGGGGGGGGAGCAGGGAGAGGGGGAGGAGGAGCAGGAGCAGGUGGGGCAGGAAGCAGGGGGUUACGGCGAGCAGUAUCUGGGGUACCGGAAGGGGGGAUGCACAGUCAGAACCAGAAUCAGAUGCAGGCACGAGCAGGCGUUGCAGGAGCAGCGGGAGCAGGAGCAGUAGCAGGAGGAACAGGAAGGGGUCUACGGCGGGUGGGAUCAGGUGUGCCAGGUAUGGCUGGCAGUGGCGGUCGUGGUGCAGCAGCGUUCAAUGGUGCUGGUGGGACAGGAAGAGGUGCUGCUGCUGCUACUGGUCGUGCCAGGCGCUCACAAGUGGCGUUGGCGUGGGAAGGGGUGCUGGAGUGGGGAGAGGGGGAGGAGGAGGGGGAAGAGGAGGAGGUGGAGGUGGAGCGGGAGGAGUAG